AUGAGAAGUAUUUUUGCCUUUUUCCAAAAGGUAAUUGGCGAGUCCAAGGUGGAAUGGGUAGAUUUCGAAAAUGCGUAUUUUGGGCAACCUCGCCAAUGUGAAGGACAAAAUGUUACGCUCGUCCGGUUGCACCAAGAUCUAACGUACGAUGAGGUUUCCGUGCCUGUACCAUCCUACCCAGAAAUACCUUGCGAGACUGAAGUUGAAGUGCAGAUCCACUCGCGAUCUCCGACUACUGCCAUAGUAUCCAGUUUAGAAGUUGACACGAAGUCAGAAAACUCGUUCAGGUAUCUUGGAUUCUUGUUAGCGAUUGAAGAUAUAAAGCUCUCUGAGUAG